GUCACUUGGCCUUUGAAUUUGUAAAAGUGAAAGUCGGACAAAAAACUAAAAAAAUCCCUUUUGGCUUAACGAUAUUUAUUUCAGGCCCAAAAAAAUAUUUAAAAAAAUAACCCAACCAAGCAAUUGACAUUUGAAAAGGACAACAUGUUUCCGGAUCAGUACGACGCAACGCCUUUUAAUCCUUUUAAUGUGGGUCCUGCCAACAGCGGAGCCCCACCCGAGUUCCAAAUUCCCACCAGUGUUACAUAUCCGCCACCGGUUUUCCUAGCCAAGCCGGAAUAUGUGAAGGCGGCCAAGGAACAGGCUGACCUGAUGUCAGGAUCAAAAGGCACCAUCAAGGCGACAAAGUCCACGCACGGCGAGGUGGCCAUUUCGAAGGCCAUCAAGGAUGAGAUGACCGUGGCCAAGAAGCAGGCGGCGGCAAUUCAUGAAACAGAUCGCAUCGACGCAGACGUAAAGGUCAAGAUUAAGCAACCCGCCAAGUCUAAGAAGAUGGAAUCGAAGACCUCAAUUCGAACUUUGCUGCCGGUGAGAGCUAAUCGCCUGGUAAGCGGAGCGAAAACUGACCAAACCAAAAAAGCCACCUCGGUUUCGAGUGUGGCUGCCAAGCAGCGCAAAUCAUCAAAAGUCGAAAUUGCGGCCAAGGCCUCCAAAAUAUCAAGCAAACUUGACACAAAGUCACUCAAGCCCUUUGAGCCUGCAAAAAUGUCCUUCACCUCUGUGAAAUCAAAUGUAUCAGAAACAUCCACCCAGGAGAGCUCUACCUCUAAGCAAUCCUUAACAUCAGAUAAAUCGGAGUCGGAGUCGUCUCAGACUACCGUAAAAUCGAGUAAACCAGCUGAGGACACCAAGGAAGCCACCUCCAAAGUGUCAGUGAAGUCGCAGAAACCUGUGAAGGAAGAACGCAACACUCUGCUGUCCGAGACGUCCUUGUCCUAUGGAAAACCCUUGACCGAGCAGGCUGCAGAUCUGGCAUAUCGCUUGAACUCUGGUAAUGAAAACUAUCGGCGCUACAAUUCGGUGGCUCGCAACCACUCUACCACCGUUCCACAGAAACAGUCUGAAGGCGACCGAAUGUCAUUCUGGUUCAGCGAUGCAGUGCUCUCUUAGGGAUUCACCAAAAAGGUCGGCAUUAAUAUAUGCCAGUAUUUAAUGACAAUUGCUUGCUGUUGAGUUAAACCGAAAAAAUAAAAACGGAAAUUAGCAGUUUAAACAUUCA